AUCAGCAGUACACAAAUUAUCUCUUGCUAAAACGUGUUUUGUAGUUAUUUGUGUAUGAAAUAUAUUUAGAAACAUAUAGUAAAUUUACCAACGUCUUGUUUACUACUGUGAUUUUCAAUAACCAUGAGAACUAUCACAAUAUCGAUACUUAAGCAUUAAUGUUUAGGCACUUUAAUGUUUAAAAUAUUCAUGUUUUAUGUUCACAUUUACGUUCUUCUUUACCUUGUAAAAUUAUUUUAAUCAAUAUAAGUACCUUUUUGUUUAUAUUCAUAUCAUAGUAUGAAAAUAUAUCAUAUAAAUAUUUAUAUCAUUUCAUAUUCAUUUCAGUUUGUCAUGAAAGGUAAGGAUAAGUCAUUCGAAUUUCACGAAAAACCAUGUUUUUGAUGUGAUGAAGGUAUAAUUUUGGCCAUGGAUAAGUGCUAUCUACACCCACUGUGCGUCAUCUUCAUGUGACUAGUGAGCUCUACGCGAUUUGUGCUCAGGUUCUUGUAUUUGAGCACAACAGUGUCAGAUUGGAAGUAGUCUUAACCAUUACAUGUGAUGCUUGACAUCAACUCAUUGUUAUUGACUAUCCCAACUUGUGUUAAUGAUAUUUGAUUACAAUGAGAAAUACAUACCUGUGCCUCUCUUGUAGCAAUAAGAAAUUAGUAUUCUAGUUUAUUAUUAAUAAAUAAAAAUGUUCAUUACACUUUGGAAAUCUUACAAUGUUAAGUAAAUAAUGUUUUAGUUAUACGAGCAUGUGUACAGGGAAAUUUACUCUACUCCACUAAAUUAUGAAAUAAAACUUCUAGUAUAAGUUUGUUCUUUGUUUCAGAUUCAAUGUCAUAGCUGUUGGAAGCAGUUAUAACUGAGGACACAAUUAAUUUAUUUAUCAUGUGUGCAUCAUGCAAAUCAAAAUGUUAGUGUUUAAUUUUUCAUUAAACACAAGUAAUGUACAUCAGAGUUUCCUAAUGCAAUUUGCUUCCGCGAUAGACUUUUCUGUGAUCAGAAUAUUGGCUCAUUUAUUUGCUAUUAGAUAAUACUUGGUAUUUGCAUUAAAUAUCUAUUAGUGAAUGGCGUUUGUUUAUAAAUCAUUUAGACAAAAUAGAAUUGUGUAUGCUGUAAAAAGUUGUGUAUCAAGUAAAAUUUUAAAUGAUAAAUAUUAUUAACAUUGGUUUUCAUUUAGUUUAUAUUCCUUGCAAAAGUGAUGUAUUAUGAUUAAUUAUUUAUUAUAGAUUCAUAGUAUUGGCAAAAAUGUACACUUUUACACAUUGUGGCUAGGCUACAAGUAAAGAAGGAAAGAAAACUGUUCCCUGUGCAGCUAUACUUGUACAUGAGUGCCAUUGGAGGAACAAAAUGUCAACCCAAAGUGAAAACCCAUAUAAGUGUUCACUUUGUAGCUAUUCUUGUACUAGAAAUAGUAACUUGAAGAAACAUAUAUUAACUCACACAUGCGAAAAGCCUUGUAAGUGCCCCCUCUGUAACUAUGCCUGUAAUUCAAAUAGUAAUUUGAAGACUCAUAUAUUAACUCACACAGGUGAGAAACCGUAUAAGUGCUCCGUGUGUAGUUAUGCUAGUUCUAGAAGUGAUACCCUGAAGAGCCAUAUGGUAACUCACACAGGAGAAAAGGCAUAUAAGUGUUUCCAGUGCGACUGUGCUUUUACUACAAGGUGUAACUUGAGAAAACAUUUAUUAAUUCAUACAGGUGUUAAGCCUUAUAAAUGUAUUUUUUGUAGCUACGAUUGUAUAACAAGCGAUAUAUUGAAGAAGCAUACAUUAACACACACAGGAGAAAAACCGUAUAAGUGCCCCCUCUGUAACUAUGCCUGUACUUCAAAUAGUAACUUGAAGACUCAUAUUUUAACUCACACAGGUGAGAAACCGUAUAAGUGCUCCGUGUGUAGUUAUGCUAGUUCUAGAAGUGGUACCCUGAAGAGCCAUAUGUUAACUCACACAGGAGAAAAGGCAUAUAAGUGUUUCCAGUGCGACUGUUCUUUUACUACAAGUUGUAACUUGAGAAAACAUUUAUUAAUUCAUACAGGUGAUAAGCCUUAUAAAUGUUGUUUUUGUAGCUACGAUUGUAUAACAAGCGAUAUGUUGAAGAGGCAUACAUUAACACACACAGGAGAAUAACCGUAUAAGUGUCCCCUGUGCAGCUAUGCUUCUGCACAAAAUUAUGACAUGAAGAAACAUAUAUUUAAACACACAGGUGAAAAACCUUUCACUUGUUCCCUGUGCAACUAUGCUUGUACUGAAAGUGGCUCAUUGAAGAGACAUUUGUUAAAACACACAGGUGAAAAACCUUUUACUUGUUCCCUGUGCAACUAUGUUUGUACUGAAAAUGGUACAUUGAAGAGACAUUUGUUAAAACACAAAAAUGAAAAACUAUGUAAGUGAUUGUUGUGAAUAUAUCCAUGUAUUACAAAUUAUACAUUAAUUAACAUGCACAGAUGAGAAAUUUUAAAAGAAUUUUGUGAGUGGAGGUAUGUUUUUACUACAAUUGAAGAACACAGGUGAAAAAACUUUAGUGUUUUCUCUUUUGCACUCAAAAGGGGACCUUGUAGAAACAUAAUAACUAAUUCUCAAGAAAAAAAAUUUAUUUUUUAUUGUUUAGCUACCUUUGUACUGGAAAUGACCAUUUGAAAAUAAAUCCUAACCCAUAUGGGCUGAAACCUUUAUAAUGUUUCCUUUUUAUCUAUAUUUGUACUGAAAUUUAAAAAUUAAAGGUAUCAAUAUGCAGGA